AGGAAGAAAGAACGCUGGUUGGAGGGCUUGAUUACAGAGAGAAGAAGAGAUUUGAAAAUUGGGAGAUAGAAGCUGAUGAGGAACAUGAAGAGGAGGAGGAGAGAAGAGAUAAUGGAGAGGGGAGACACGGAGAAGGGAUUAGAUCAGAUGAUGAGGAGAGAGGUGGUAAGGAACAGAGAGCAUAUGGAGGAGAGGAGAAACUAGAGGAAAACCUGAGAGUUGGGGAAGUUAAAGAACCCAGUGUAGAUCAAAGCGAGGGAAACUACUUAGUCGUUACACACAUAGACCUCCCCUCUCCAACCAGCACUUCCUCCUCUCCUGUAGAAAAAGUAAUGGACACUCAACCUGUCAAUCAAGCUAUCAACGAACCCAUGUCCCCUCCCCCUGCAGCUAUGCCUGUUCCACUUUAUGAUGUCACUCCUCCACCUGCCACUCAACAUGGCCCUCCACCAGUUACGCCCUCUACCCCCUCUCAAGUUCCAGAGUCUGCCACUCAUGCUCUCACUCAACAUGCCAGUCAUAUCCAAGACCCGGCUCCAGAGGCAGAGGAGGCCAUCUCAUUGGUGGACAGUGAGCUCAUUAUGGUUCAGAGUGUGACUGACAGCUCCCAGACAAAUCUCAGGGAGGGGGAGAGUUUUGUUUCUCAGUCGAUGGAGGUCAAAGUUGGCCCAAUUAUCAAGGUUUCAAUCAACGACAAUCAGACUGAGAGGAACAGCAUUGUCUUUCUCAAAGAGACAGGAAAUACAGUCAAGCAGCUCAAGUCUACAGACAAACCAAAACAGGAAAAACUCACAGCCAAGGAACUGCAACCUACAGCCAAACCAAAAGAGAUGACAAAACCAACAGCCAAACCCAAAGUGACGGUACAGACAAACCAUACACCCAAAACACUACAGACAAAACGUACACCCAAAACACAACAGACAAAAUCUACAGCCAAGCCAGCAGUGCCAAAACACACAAUGAAGCUGACACAGACCACCAAGAGUAUCAAGACAAAGACAGGGAAACAUCAAAAGAAAGACAAAAUAAAUGAGAGGAAAGGUAAACCUCUGAAAAAGGACAACAAACCCAAAGAGACAAAACAGGAGAAGAAGGAGGGCACAAAUCCGGCAAACUUCCCCUACUUCAAAGACAACUACUGUCCCCCGGAGUGUGCCUGCUAUGGACGAGUGGUCCAGUGUUCCGACAAGGGGCUGGAGAAGGUUCCGUACGGCAUCCCUUAUAACUCCCGCUACGUCCUCCUGAUGAACAACCGCAUCGACAGCAUUCAGCUGGACCUGCUCAAUGAGUACCUGUCCAUGGAGUUCCUGGUGCUCAGCAACAACCGGCUGACAGACGGCUCCAUCGAGGGGGCCUUCGAGGGCAUCCCGGCCCUGAGGCGGCUCUACCUGGACCGGAACCUACUGGAGAGCGUGCCCACAGACCUGCCCGCCUCCCUGGAAGAGCUGCAUCUGGAUAACAACCGGCUUAAUGUGAUGUCAGAGGGAGCCUGGGCCAACUGCCCCGGCCUGCUGGUCCUCAGCCUGAGCAACAACAGCCUGGGGAAUGGGAAUGAUACUCUCCCCGCCAGUGUGCUCUCACCUCUAGGCAGCCUGCGCACCCUCAGCCUGGACCGCAACCGGCUGGCCUCGGUGCCUCUUGGCUUACCUCUAUCUAUCAGGGAGUUGUACCUCCGUGGCAACCUUAUCCAGCAGUUUCCAGGUGAGGCCUUCGUGGGUACCUUGGAGCUGGUGAUUCUGGAUCUGAGUGCUAACCGGCUAACCAACCAUGGCCUUCUCAGGGAGUCCCUCAUCAACGCCACCCACCUGGAGAGCCUCAACUUAGAGGGCAACCAGCUCAAGAAAGUACCCCGCCACCUCCCCUCUUCCCUCAAAACCCUGAACCUGGAGGGCAACCUCAUCUCCUCCGUGGGCAAAGCCUCCUUCCUCCACCUCCCCCACCUGGAGCACCUGGGCCUGGCCAGGAACAAGAUAGCCAGGGUGGCCUCGGGGGCCUUCAGGGCGCUGCCUGUCCUGCACCAGCUGGACCUGUGUCACAAUGCCCUGAGCCAGGUGCCCAGGCAGCUGCCCCGGGGGCUACACUCAGUGGCACUCACACACAACAAGAUCCACUCAGUGCCCCGCGACGCCUUCUGCUGGGGGAGUUCAGACCCCGGCCUCAGCAGCCUGGUGCUGGUGCAGCUGGAGCACAACCUCAUAGACCUGGGCCACAUGGACGCAAAAGCCUUCCACUGCCUCAGAGGCUUCCAGGUGGUACACUUCUACUGAGCUGCAGUCUAUAGAAUCCUGCAGGACAGUCAUACUGCAAGUAUGGAAUAUAGACAAUCCCACAACUGAAACCAAUUGCAGGGUUUUUUCUGCUCAACCUGAAAGUCCGUUGGGCUCUAAAAUGGCGGUAAAAAGUUCUGCAAUACACAGAGAAACAGACAUCAUGUCGGGAGCUGAUUUUGAUUCAACAUUACAAGGUAACAAUGCAAGAUGGCCAGUUGAGUGAACUUGGAUCUCAAUGUGGAUAGCUAUACUGUAUGUCGUCGCUUGGGUAAAGCUGUGAUUGGUGGAAGCCGUGGUGUUCAGAGAAAAUACUUACUGCUCCCAUGAAGUCUGUGUUGAAAGACUAUGGCCUCUACUUAAAGGUCAAUGAUGACACAUACAGUUGAAGUCGGACGUUUACAUACACCUUAGACAAAUUCAUUUAAACUCAGUUUUUCACAAUUCAUGACAUUUAAUCCUAGUAGAAAUCCCCUGUCGUUGGUCAGUUAGGAUCACCACUGUUUUAAGAAUGUGAAAUGUCAGAAUAAUAGUAGAGAGAUUUAUUUAUUUCAGCUUUUAUUUCUUUCAUCACAUUCCCAGUGGGUCAGAAGUUUACAUACACUCAAUUAGUAUUUGGUAGCAUUGCCUUUAAAUUGUUUAGCUUCCACAAGCUUCCCACAAUAAGUUGGGUGAAUUUUGGGCCAUUCCUCCUGACAGAGCUGGUGUAACUGAGUCAGGUUUGUAGGCCUCCUUGCUUCCACAUGUCUUUUCAGUUCUGCCACACAUUUUCUAUGGGAUUGAGGUCAGGGGUUUGUGGCCACUCCAAUACCUUGACUUUGUUGUCCUUAAGCCAUUUUGCCACAACUUUGGAAGUAUGCUUGGUGUCAUUGUCAAUUUGGAAGACCGAUUUGCGACCAAGCUUUAACUUCCUGACCGAUGUCUUCAGAUGUUGCUUCAAUAUAUCCACAUAAUUUUCUAUCCUCAUGAUGCCAUCUAUUUUGUGAAGUGCACCAGUCCCUCCUGCAGAAAAUCACCCCCACAACAUGAUGCUGCCACCCCCGUGCUUCACAGUUGCGAUGGUGUUCUUCGGCUUGCAAGCCUCCUCCUUUUUCCUCUAAACAUAAUGAUGGUCAUUGCGGCCAAACAGGUCUAUUUUUGUUUCAUCAGACCAAAGGACAUUUCUCCAAAAAGUACGACCUUUGUCCCCAUGUGCAGUUGCAAACCGUAGUCUGGCUUUUUUAUGGCAGUUUUGGAGCAGUGGCUUCUUCCUUGCUGAGCGGCCUUUCAGGUUAUGUUGAUAUAGGACUCGUUUUACUGUGGAUAUAGAUACUUUUAUACCUGUUUCCUCAAGCAUCUUCACAAGGUUCUGGGAUUGAUUUGCACUUUUCGCACCAAAGUACGUUCAUCUCUAGGAGACAGAACGCGUCUCCUUCCUGAGCAGUAUGAUGGCUGCGUGGUCCCAUGGUGUUUAUACUUGCGUACUUUUGUUUGUACAGAUGAAUAUGGUACCUUCAGGCGUUUGGAAAUUGCUCCCAAGGAUGAACAAGACUUGUGGAGGUCUACAAUUUUUUUUCUGAGGUCUUGGCUGAUUUAUUUUGAUUUUCCCAUGAUGUCAAGUAAAGAGGCACUGAUUUUGAAGGUAGGCCUUGAAAUACAUCCCUAGGUACACCUCCAGUUGACUCAAAUGAUGUCAACUAGCCUAUCAGAAGCUUCUAAAACCAUGACAUACAUUUCUGGAAUUUUCCAAGCUGUUUUAAAGGCACAGUCAACUUAGUGUAUGUAAACUUCUGACCCACUGGAAUUGUGAUACAGUGAAAUAAUCUGUCUGUAAACAAUUGUUGUAAAAAUUACUUGUGUCAUGCACAAAGUAGAUGUCCUAACCGACUUUCCAAAACUAUAGUUUGUUAACAAGAAAUUUGUGGAGUGGUUGAAAAUGAGUUUUAAUGACUCCAACCUAAGUGUAUGUAAACUUCCAUCUCCAACUGUAUGUGACUGUCAGCUGUAUCUUAGCAAUCUUAUCAUUGGAAUACUUGUAAGCUAAAUGUAUUUCUAUUCAAUGUUGUCAUGUGAUUUAAAUUAAAGUGCCAUUAGUGGUCUGGAAGAGUC